UGCGGACUUUCGCAGCAGAGCAAUUGGGGUCCCCGAACACCUGGCGGUGCAGGAGAACCGCGCUUACAGAAGCCCAGUCAGCUCUGCUCUCCCCUUCCCAAGCAUAUGAUCCAAUGCGCCGGGUAUGCGCAUGGAGAUAACAUACGCUUCCUCCAGCUUGAGCGACCUCGCCACCUCCGCCGAUCAGACAUCCAUGCCGACGACUGGGCGUCCGGUGAGGGUCAUCCCCUUGGAGCACCCCACCGCCACCACCUCCACCUCCUCCUCUUCCUCUUCCUCUUCGUCUUUAUCGAGAUGGCGAUCGAAGCUGAAGCGCAUGACAUUCGAGGAGUGGAUCGAGCUCUUCAUCCCUUGUUACCGUUGGAUUCGAACCUACAAAUGGCGCGACUAUUUACAGCUCGAUCUCAUGGCCGGUAUAACCGUCGGCAUCAUGCUCGUCCCCCAGUCAAUGUCUUAUGCAAAGUUAGCUGGGCUGCAUCCGAUCUAUGGACUUUAUUCUGGUUUUAUCCCUAUAUUUGUCUAUGCCAUCUUUGGGUCAUCUCGCCAGCUUGCAAUUGGUCCAGUAGCAUUGGUUUCCCUCCUGGUCUCUAAUGUCUUAGGCAACAUAGUUGAUUCAUCUGAUGAGUUGUACACAGAACUUGCAAUAUUAUUGGCUCUGAUGGUUGGGGUUUUAGAAUGCAUAAUGGGGCUCUUGAGGCUUGGAUGGCUUAUUCGUUUCAUCAGCCACUCCGUGAUAUCUGGCUUCACAACCGCUUCAGCCAUUGUGAUUGCCUUGUCUCAAGCAAAAUAUUUUUUGGGAUAUGAUAUAGUACGAAGUAGUGAAAUUAUUCCACUGAUCAAGAGUAUAAUAUCUGGAGCAGACAAGUUCUCAUGGCCCCCUUUUGUAAUGGGAUCAAUCAUACUAGCCAUUCUUCUGGUUAUGAAGCACUUGGGAAAAUCAAGGAAGUACUUGCGGUUUCUACGGGCAGGUGGUCCCCUUACAGCAGUUGUUUUGGGUACAACCUUUGUGAAAAUAUUUCAUCCAUCUUCAAUUUCUUUGGUAGGAGAUAUACCUCAAGGCCUCCCAAAAUUUUCUAUUCCUAAAGAAUUUGGAUAUGUGACGUCUUUGAUCCCGACUGCGAUUCUCAUCACGAGUGUAGCGAUAUUGGAGUCUGUGGGGAUUGCCAAAGCAUUGGCAGCGAAGAAUGGAUAUGAGUUGGAUUCAAAUCAAGAGUUGUUUGGUCUUGGUGUGGCCAAUGUCUUUGGUUCAUUCUUUUCUGCAUACCCCACAACAGGUUCCUUUUCUAGGUCGGCCGUCAAUCAUGAAAGUGGAGCAAAAACUGGAUUAUCUGGAAUUGUAAUGGGAAUCAUAAUGGGUUGUGCACUUUUAUUCCUGACUACAUUAUUUGAGUCCAUACCACAGUGUGCUCUGGCUGCCAUUGUGAUUUCUGCUGUAAUUGGACUGGAGGUCUGCUUAUGCCCAGAUUCCUCAGACAUGCAAAACCAAGUGGAUUAUGAAGAGGCUAUCUUUUUAUGGCAUGUAGACAAGAAAGAUUUUCUUCUUUGGACCAUUACAAGCGCAACAACUUUGUUCUUUGGUAUAGAGAUCGGUGUCGUUGUUGGGGUUGGUGUUUCACUUGCUUUCGUCAUCCAUGAAUCAGCAAAUCCACAUGUUGCUGUAUUGGGGCGUCUUCCAGGCACCACUAUUUAUAGGAAUGUUCAACAGUAUCCAGAAGCAUAUACUUACAAUGGGAUUGUGGUUGUUCGAAUUGAUGCACCAAUUUAUUUUGCCAAUAUAAGUUACAUAAAAGACAGGCUACGGGAAUUUGAAUUUGAGGUUGAUAAAUCUACAAAUCGCGGACCAGAAGUUGAAAGAGUUUAUUUUGUGAUUAUAGAGAUGGCACCUGUUACAUAUAUAGACUCGAGUGCAGUUCAAGCUUUGAAAGACUUGCACCAGGAAUACAAGUCAAGGGACAUUCAGAUGGCCAUUGCCAAUCCAAACAGAGAAGUUUUGCUGGCGCUAACAAGAUCUGGUGUGGUUGAACUUAUUGGUAAAGAGUGGUUCUUUGUGAGAGUGCAUGAUGCUGUUCAAGUCUGCCUUCAGCACGUGCAGAGCUUAGACGUCUCACCUAAGGCACCAAAACCAUUAUCUGAAGAUAAAUCCACUUUCUUUCAGAGGUUGUCGAAACAGAGAACUGAGGAAUUCCCAACUGCUGACUUGGAGUCGGGUGAAAGACAUUCUCGGAUCUCCAAAGAUGCAGACCCUCAACUGGAGCCCCUGUUAUCUCGGAAGUCCUAAAACUUGUGCCAUUGUUUUGUGAGGUAGGGCUAUAUAUAUAUGCAUGUAUACAUACAUUUUCACACGCCAAUGCGUGUAUAUUGUUUAUCCAUUUUUUCCCAGCAUUUCUGGGUGGUUUUAUUUUAUUUUAUCUUAGUAGUUGUCUCCUUGUGAACAUGCACUUCAUGGCUACGUAUUAUAAUGGGAAAUUGAGUCCCUGCCAUGCCCAUUCAAUUUAAAUGUGUUGGUGUGAAGAACUACAGUUUAUCUAUGUUGUUGAUGGUGGAUACAGAAAAUGUUACUUUGCUUUAAAGAAAGAGCACUGCAAGUAACUAACUAUUGCUGGUUAGGCUGUAUUGAAGUGUUUGGUUUGUUCUCCCUUGCUAUAA